AUGAGCGCCGAGCCUCUGCCCCCGCCUCUCAAGACUCCCGGCGUCAGCCGCUUCAUCAACCGCGCAAACCAGCUUCGCACAAUCAAGCCUGCCAUCGCAUAUUGGUGCGAGUACCACGCCGUCAACCAAAUCGUGACCAAAAGCCUCCACACCACCGACGACGAUUGCUUCGCAUAUACAAAAUCCCUGAUUGAGCGCUUGGAGGCCACCAAGUCGGAGCGCGCUGACGACGAGGCCAUUGUCGAUAACACUGCCGGCCAGGCAUAUGUCGAGCAGUUUGCCCAGGAAACAUUGGAUCGAGCCGAGAGGACCCUGCGAGCCAAAAAGGUCACGAGACAGACAGCAGAUACCUUUGAUGCCGCCGCCACCUUCUUUGACCUCACCCGCGAAUGGGGCCCCCCCGACCCCGAAACCCUCAAAAAGAUCAAGUUUGCAAAAUGGAAUGCCGCGUGCAUCCUGAAGGCCAUCCGCGAGGGCAAAGAUCCCAACGAUACCAACCCCCCGGUUCAGGAAGGCGGGCGUCUCGAGCCAGUUCUGAGCCCUACCGACCCGGCAGUUCGGCAAAUAAUGAGCCCGUCAGCUGCGUCCGUCGAAGACGCUCCCGAUGACGGGGAACCCCCUGAUGCCCCAGUCCAGCAAGAAGACUACUUUCCGCCGACCGCGGCCCAUCAUCCGGAGCCAUUUGCACCUUCACCGUCGAACCAGAGCCCCGGUCCGCCGGCUCAGGCAUCGCCUGUGCCGUCACCAGGCUUGCACGCUCCGCCGGAACCACCUCCUCAAAUACCCACGAAACCGCCUCCUCCCGAGCCAUCAGUUCCUACGCCGUCAGCAUGGAGCAGUACAGCCGAUGCAUCACCUCCGCACGCGGCUACUCGUCAAUAUGCGCCGCCUUUCGCUGCGCCGGCCCCGGUUCCUGUUCACCAGGCCGCCUCGCCGCCACCGAGUGCAUCAACCGCGAGCUUCACACCCAGCCACAAGAACAUUGAACAGGCGCAAAAACACGCCAGAUGGGCCAUUUCAGCGCUGAACUUUGAGGAUGUGCCCACUGCGGUCCAAGAACUACGGAACGCUUUGGCACUGCUUGGUGCUCAAUGA